CCGAUCGCCCGCCCUCCCUCUCGCCAGCUCGGCGCGCGGGCAGCUCGGGCGUUCAUGCGGGGCGGCCUCUGAGGGCGAGCGAGCGAGCGCGCGCGCAGAUCUAGCAGGCGCCCCGGCGAGAUGGCGAGGGCGGAGGCCAACUGGGAGCGCCUGGUGCGGGCGGCGCUGCGCGGGGACCGGAUGGGCGGCGUCUACGGGGUCCCCGCCAGCGGCAUCGCCGGGAACGUCCCCUCCUCGCUCGGCAACAACACCCACAUCGACGAGGUGCUCCGCGCCGCCGACGAGAUCCAGGACGAGGACCCCACCGUCGCCAGGAUUCUGUGUGAGCACGCAUAUGCCCUCGCCCAAAAUCUGGAUCCAAAUAGCGAAGGGAGAGGUGUGCUUCAGUUCAAGACCGGUUUAAUGUCAGUAAUCAGGCAAAAACUAGCUAAGAGGGAAGGCGGUGCUAUAGACCGAAGUCGGGAUAUCGCUAAACUGCAAGAAUUUUAUAAGCUAUACAGAGAAAAAAAUAAAGUUGAUGAGUUGUGUGAAGACGAAAUGAAGCUGAGGGAAUCUGGUGUGUUCAGCGGUAACCUCGGAGAGCUGGAGCGCAAAACUCUGAAGCGCAAAAAAGUACUUGCAACUCUCAAGGUCUUAUGGUCAGUAAUAGAGGAUAUAACAAAGGAAAUUUCCCCUGAGGAUGCAGCAAAUUUGAUUUCUGAAGAGAUGAAAGAAGUCAUGGAAAAGGAUGCGGCAAGGACAGAGGAUGUUGUGGCGUAUAAUAUCAUUCCUCUAGAUUCCUUGUCUACAACUAACCUAAUUGUCACUUUUCCAGAGGUGAGGGCAGCAAUAUCAUCUUUGCAGUACCAUAGGGAUCUGCCCAGGCUUCCGAAUACCAUUUCAGUUCCUGAUGCUAGGAAUUCAGAUAUGCUGGACCUUUUGCACUGCGUGUUUGGUUUUCAGAAAGACAAUGUGAGCAAUCAACGGGAGCACAUUGUUCACCUGUUGGCAAAUGAGCAGUCUCGAUUAGGCAAACUAUCAGGGAAUGAACCGAAAAUUGACGAGGGUGCUGUACAUGUUGUGUUCUCUAAGUCCCUGGACAACUACAUAAAAUGGUGCAACUAUUUACCACUGCGUCCUGUCUGGAAUAACAUUGAAUCAUUGACCAAAGAAAAGAAGUUGCUAUAUGUUUGUUUAUACUACUUGAUCUGGGGAGAGGCUGCCAACGUACGAUUUCUUCCAGAAGGCUUAUGCUACAUAUUUCAUCACGUAGCAAGAGAACUAGAGGUGAUUAUGCAGAAACAGACUGCCGAGCCAGCUGGAAGCUGCAUCUCUAAUGAUGGCGUAUCAUUUCUUGACCAAGUCAUUUAUCCUCUAUAUGAAAUCGUUGCAGCUGAAGCAGGCAACAAUGACAAUGGGCGGGCAGCACAUUCUGCAUGGAGAAACUAUGAUGAUUUCAAUGAGUUCUUCUGGUCUGAGAAAUGUUUUCAGCUGGGUUGGCCGUGGAAACUGAGCAAUCCAUUUUUCUCAAAGCCUAAUAGGAAAGAGCAGGGCUUGAUAAGUAGGAAUCACCAUUAUGGAAAGACAUCUUUCGUUGAGCACAGAACUUUUCUGCAUCUUUACCAUAGCUUUCACCGCCUCUGGAUGUUCCUACUUUUGAUGUUUCAGGGACUUACUAUCAUUGCUUUUAACAAUGGCAGUUUUGACACAAAUACUGUAUUGGAACUUCUUAGCCUGGGCCCAACUUAUAUCAUAAUGGAAUUUAUUGAGAGUGUAUUGGACAUUCUAAUGAUGUAUGGCGCCUAUUCAACAUCUCGUGGUUCUGCAAUCACUAGAGUGAUCUGGCGAUUCUGUUGGUUUACCGCAGCUUCAUUGGUCAUCUGUUACCUAUAUAUCAAGGCACUUCAAGAUGGGGUGCAAUCUGCACCUUUUAAGAUAUAUGUUGUUGUCAUCAGCGCGUAUGCGGGUUUCCAGAUAAUCAUCAGCCUUCUCAUGAGCGUUCCCUGCUGCCGUGGUAUUACCAAUGCUUGCUACAGCUGGUCUUUUGUACGCCUUGCCAAGUGGAUGCAUCAGGAACAUAAUUAUGUUGGAAGAGGCUUGCAUGAAAGGCCUCUAGAUUAUAUCAAAUAUGCCGCUUUCUGGCUUGUUAUUUUUGCUGCGAAAUUUUCAUUCACCUAUUUCCUCCAGAUUAGACCUCUUGUAAAACCAACAAGACUGAUAAUCAGUUUCAAAGGCUUACAGUAUCAAUGGCAUGACUUUGUUUCAAAGAAUAACCAUAAUGCGAUUACAAUCCUUUCUUUAUGGGCUCCAGUGGCCUCAAUCUAUCUUUUGGACAUCCAUGUUUUUUACACCAUCAUGUCUGCUCUUGUUGGAUUCCUCCUUGGUGCACGUGAUCGCCUGGGAGAGAUUAGGUCUGUUGAAGCAGUUCACAGGUUCUUUGAGAAGUUCCCUGAAGUAUUCAUGGAUAAACUUCAUGUUGCUGUUCCAAAAAGGAAACAACUGCUAUCAUCUGGUCAGCAUGCAGAGUUAAACAAGCUUGAUGCAUCUAGAUUCGCUCCUUUCUGGAAUGAAAUUGUGAAGAAUUUGCGGGAAGAGGACUACAUUAGCAACACUGAGCUGGAUUUACUCUUGAUGCCAAAGAACAUAGGUGGUCUUCCAAUUGUGCAGUGGCCACUUUUUUUGCUUGCUAGCAAGGUUUUCUUGGCCAAAGAUAUUGCAGUUGAUUGCAACGACUCACAAGAUGAACUAUGGCUAAGGAUCUCAAAGGACGAAUAUAUGCAAUACGCUGUUGAGGAGUGCUUUCAUAGCAUCAAGUAUAUCCUGUCAUCUAUUCUAGAUAAAGAAGGCCAUCUCUGGGUGCAAAGGAUUUUUGAUGGUAUUCAAGAAAGCAUUUCAAAGAACAACAUCCAGAGUGAUAUUCAUUUCAGCAAAUUGCCUAAUGUCAUUGCCAAGCUUGUUGCUGUAGCGGGAAUACUGAAAGAAACGGAAUCUGCUGAUAUGAAGAAGGGGGCAGUUAAUGCUAUUCAAGAUCUAUACGAAGUUGUUCAUCACGAAGUACUUUUUGUUGAUUUGAGUGGUAACAUUGACGAUUGGAGUCAGAUAAAUAGAGCAAGAGCCGAAGGCCGCCUCUUCAGUAAUCUCAAGUGGCCAAAUGAACCUGGAUUGAAGGACAUGAUCAAACGAUUGCAUUCACUUCUGACCAUCAAGGAAUCAGCUGCAAAUGUUCCUAAAAACCUGGAAGCCAGCCGGAGACUGCAGUUCUUCACGAACUCUUUGUUCAUGCGAAUGCCUGUUGCAAGGCCUGUUUCAGAAAUGCUUUCCUUUAGCGUAUUUACUCCAUAUUACUCUGAGACAGUGCUUUAUAGCAUCGCCGAACUCCAAAAGAAAAAUGAAGAUGGUAUAUCUACACUAUUUUAUCUUCAGAAGAUUUAUCCAGAUGAAUGGAAGAACUUCCUUACUCGCAUCAACAGGGAUGAAAAUGCAGCAGACAGUGAGCUUUUUAGCAGUGCGAAUGACAUACUAGAACUUCGGCUAUGGGCAUCUUACCGAGGGCAGACAUUAGCGCGAACAGUUCGUGGGAUGAUGUACUACAGAAAGGCCCUUAUGUUGCAAAGUUAUUUGGAGAGAAUGCAUUCUGAAGACCUCGAAUCUGCAUUGGAUAUAGCUGGUCUGGCUGACACACAUUUUGAGUACUCCCCUGAAGCACGCGCACAGGCUGAUUUGAAAUUUACGUAUGUGGUUACCUGCCAAAUCUACGGAGUGCAGAAAGGUGAAGGGAAGCCAGAAGCUGCAGAUAUAGCUCUUCUGAUGCAAAGAAAUGAAGCUCUCAGAAUUGCUUACAUCGAUGUUGUUGAGAGCAUUAAGAAUGGAAAGUCUAGCACCGAGUAUUACUCAAAGCUUGUGAAAGCUGACAUCCAUGGAAAGGACAAGGAAAUUUAUUCUGUUAAAUUGCCUGGCAAUCCAAAGCUUGGGGAGGGUAAACCCGAAAAUCAAAACCAUGCUGUAAUAUUCACUCGCGGAAAUGCUGUACAAACCAUUGAUAUGAAUCAGGACAACUAUUUCGAGGAGGCACUCAAAAUGCGAAAUCUGCUUGAGGAAUUCUCUCAAAAUCAUGGCAAGUUCAAGCCUUCAAUUCUUGGUGUUAGAGAACAUGUCUUCACCGGAAGUGUUUCCUCCCUUGCUUCAUUUAUGUCAAAUCAGGAAACUAGUUUUGUGACAUUAGGACAGCGUGUUCUUUCUAAUCCACUGAAAGUGAGAAUGCAUUAUGGUCACCCAGACGUGUUUGAUAGAAUAUUUCAUAUUACGAGGGGUGGCAUCAGUAAGGCGUCCCGUAUCAUCAAUAUCAGUGAGGAUAUAUUUGCAGGGUUUAAUUCUACUCUGCGUCAAGGGAACAUAACUCACCAUGAGUAUAUCCAGGUUGGUAAAGGAAGAGAUGUUGGGCUUAAUCAGAUCGCACUAUUUGAAGGAAAAGUUGCGGGAGGAAACGGCGAACAAGUUCUUAGCAGAGAUAUAUACAGACUUGGGCAACAUUUUGACUUUUUCAGGAUGUUAUCCUUCUAUGUGACUACUGUUGGGUUUUACUUCUGUACGAUGCUAACUGUACUGACAGUGUACAUAUUUCUCUAUGGUAAAACCUAUCUGGCUUUAUCUGGUGUUGGAGAAUCAAUUCAAAAUAGGGCGGAUAUACAGGGAAAUGAAGCAUUGAGCAUAGCUCUGAACACCCAGUUUCUUUUCCAGAUUGGUGUGUUUACUGCAAUUCCUAUGAUUCUAGGUUUCAUCCUGGAAGAAGGUGUCCUGACGGCUUUUGUCAGCUUCAUUACCAUGCAGUUCCAACUAUGCUCCGUAUUUUUCACGUUCUCCCUUGGGACAAGGACUCACUAUUUUGGUCGCACAAUACUGCAUGGAGGUGCAAAGUAUAGAGCAACUGGUAGGGGUUUUGUGGUACGGCAUAUUAAGUUUGCUGAGAAUUACCGUCUUUAUUCCCGAAGCCAUUUUGUGAAAGGGCUGGAGGUUGCACUUCUGUUGGUUAUCUUUCUAGCUUAUGGUUUUAACAACAGUGGAGCAAUUGGCUAUAUCUUACUUUCCAUAAGUAGCUGGUUUAUGGCUCUUUCUUGGCUUUUUGCUCCAUACGUAUUCAACCCGUCUGGAUUUGAAUGGCAAAAGGUCGUCGAGGAUUUCAGAGACUGGACAAACUGGCUUUUUUACCGAGGUGGUAUUGGGGUUAAAGGAGAAGAAAGCUGGGAAGCUUGGUGGGAUGAAGAACUGGCACAUAUUCACACCUUCCGCGGGAGGAUACUGGAAACUAUACUUAGUUUAAGAUUUUUUAUUUUCCAGUAUGGAGUUGUUUACCACAUGAAAGCAAGCAAUGAAAGUACAGCAUUACUGGUAUAUUGGGUAUCAUGGGCUGUGCUUGGAGGGCUUUUUGUCCUGCUAAUGGUAUUUAGUUUAAACCCCAAGGCCAUGGUUCAUUUCCAGUUGUUCCUGCGUCUGGUCAAAAGCAUUGCACUGUUAGUGGUUUUGGCAGGUUUGGUUGUGGCAAUUGCAAUUACAAGACUCGCUGUUGUAGAUGUACUUGCUUCCAUCCUAGCAUAUGUGCCUACUGGAUGGGGAAUUCUUUCGAUUGCUGUGGCAUGGAAACCAAUUGUGAAGAGACUGGGUUUGUGGAAAACAGUGCGCUCGUUGGCUCGCCUGUAUGAUGCUGGCAUGGGAAUGAUCAUUUUUGUGCCCAUAGCUAUCUGCUCGUGGUUUCCCUUCAUCUCCACCUUCCAGACACGGCUACUGUUCAACCAGGCUUUCAGCAGAGGUUUGGAGAUUUCUCUCAUCCUGGCUGGCAACAAUCAGAAUGCAGGCAUAUGAUGAUGUGGCAUCAUCCAUCUUUUGAAUCCUCACCCAGAUGAUGCACCUUCGUAGUUAGUUGAUCCCGGGUUCUGAGUUAGCAGUAGAUGUAUAUAUCUCCGUGUUGACUGGCAGUUAUUUGCUAUGGCUGUAUAUGUUAUCGCCUGCUACAUUUUUUGCACUAAUGAUAGUUACAGGAGGUGGUGUUCUUGAAGGACCAGGUGCCGAAUCAUUGUGUUAAAAUAACUUGUGUAUUUGUGUUAGUUUAGAUAAUGGUGAUUUUGGGGUAAAAGAAUAUGGAUAAGAUUGCGAUAUUGUGAAUUA